AUGGCGACAACAAGUUUUCAAGAGGAUCCCUUCUGGAUGUCGAAAAUGAAAUAUCAGUUUGAAAUGUUGUUUGGUAGAGAUGAAAAAUCUGGCAGAGGGGAUCCAUUGUGUGUACAAACAACUGAUAUGAAACGCCAUUUGUGGGGAGCAUUACACCAUAACGCAGAUGACAAUAAAGAUAAGGCGUUAAGUCUGAGUGAAUGGUGCAGUUUCUGGGAUGAUUUUGCCGUCCAAUACAACAAGCGAAACUAUAUACCCUAUUGGUUCAAAGAAUUCAUGGCGGUGACCUUUUACAUAAUGGACAAGGAUGGUGAUGAACUUAUAGAUGCCAGCGAUUUUGCCUCAUAUUACAAUGAAACACACAAACUUCCCUUGGACAUAGUAGAGGCCGCAUUCAAGAAGAUUUCGGCCGCAUUCAAGAAGACUUCGGAAACGGCAGAAUUCCUUAGAGCUGCAACCGAGAGAAAAUCCAAGGGACCCAGAAAGCCGGCCAGACCUAGUGCAAGGAAGACUACUCCCAAACUAUUUAGGCCUACACUUGAUGAAGAACCAGGAAUUGAUCCAGAACAGUUCAAAGAGAUGAUGAUUGGGUUCACAGUUUCAAAGGAUAUGGAACACCCAGGGAACAUCUUAGGAGAAAUGAUGGUCAACGGCCGUAAAGUGUAAAGAAUCGUCUUUAUAAAGGACACUGUAUUGUGUUUUGUAAAGCUAAGACUUUGUUUGAUAUCCAACCGGAUUCAUGACAAUCAUUUCUUUGUAUUACAUUUUCGUGAUUGAAUACAAAAAAAACAUUUUCAAGGACGUGGCUGAUAUUGCCAUUCUUAAGCCACAGAAACCUGUCAAAUUAUUGUGUUUAUCCUUUGUAAAAUCAAUAAAUAACAUAAAAUUAUAUGUCUGUACAAUCCUAAAUUCUUUGUUACAAAAUAAGACAACGUUUUUGUUUAAUUAUGAAAUGUCAUGAACUAUCAUUGCAAAUUGAAUAUUCAUCCCCAAGACAACAUAUCUUAGCCUAUCUGGACCAUUCAACCCAGAGACAACUUAACUCCAGACAAUUAAAUACAUGAGGGUUAUGCUAUGGGAGGUUUUGGAUAUGGGGUAUAUCCCGAGGGCACGGAGGGCACGAGGUAAGAUAUAAUAUUUCCCGAUGGAUAUACUCCAUAUCCAAAACCGAGCAUCACAUAACUAAUUUAUCCUAUGACAAGUGAUUUUUAUCUAUGAC